AUGAGUGGAAUGCUGAAGGUAUCGAGUGCCUUCGCGCGGAACAUAUCUUUCACGACACUGAAUAAAUUGGGACUACCUUCGAUUGUCACUCGACAUUUCCAUUACACACCCAGUGGCAAAGCCGCGAAGGUGUCUGAGGAUAUCUCGAAGCAGUAUCCUGUGAUCGAUCACACUUACGAUGCCGUCGUUGUCGGCGCUGGCGGAGCUGGUCUCAGGGCAGCCUACGGCUUGGUGGCAGAAGGUUUUAAAACAGCUGUCGUCACAAAGCUCUUUCCAACGCGGUCUCACACUGUAGCUGCCCAAGGUGGAAUAAAUGCAGCUUUGGGUAAUAUGGAAGACGACAAUUGGCAAUGGCACAUGUACGACACCGUGAAAGGUUCCGAUUGGCUGGGAGAUCAAGAUGCUAUUCACUACAUGACGCGCGAGGCUCCCAAGGCCGUCAUCGAGUUGGAAAAUUGUGGAAUGCCUUUCAGCCGUACUACGGAUGGUAAGAUCUAUCAACGUGCCUUCGGCGGUCAGUCGUUGAAGUUCGGAAAGGGAGGCCAGGCACACAGAUGCUGCUGCGUGGCAGACAGGACAGGUCACUCCCUCCUCCACACGCUCUACGGACAGUCCCUCAGUUACGAUUGCAACUACUUUGUCGAGUACUUCGCACUGGACCUACUCAUGGAAGAUGGCGAAUGUCGUGGAGUAUUGGCGCUUUGUUUGGAGGAUGGAUCGAUUCACCGUUUCCGAGCGAAGAACACGGUUCUAGCGACAGGCGGUUACGGUCGCGCGUACUUCUCUUGUACAUCGGCGCACACAUGUACCGGCGACGGCACAGCUAUGAUCUCCAGAGCAAAUCUACCCAACCAAGACCUCGAAUUUGUGCAGUUUCAUCCGACAGGUAUUUACGGUGCUGGCUGUCUCAUAACCGAGGGCAGUCGUGGCGAGGGUGGUUACCUGAUUAACAGCGAGGGUGAAAGAUUCAUGGAACGGUAUGCUCCAGUUGCCAAGGAUCUCGCUUCUCGCGAUGUCGUCUCUAGAUCGAUGACCAUAGAGAUCCGGGAGGGAAGAGGCUGCGGACCCGAAAAGGAUCAUAUUUACCUGCAGCUGCACCACUUGCCGCCUGAACAACUGGCUGCUCGACUACCUGGCAUCUCCGAGACGGCUAUGAUUUUCGCGGGCGUGGAUGUGACGCGCGAGCCCAUCCCCGUCCUACCCACGGUCCACUACAACAUGGGUGGUAUCCCGACCAACUACAAGGGCCAGGUGCUGACGAGGUCAGGCAACGAGGAUCGGGUGGUGAAAGGACUCUACGCAUGUGGCGAAGCUGCUUGCGCCUCCGUACACGGGGCGAACCGCCUGGGUGCUAAUUCCCUCCUGGAUCUUGUCGUAUUCGGUCGGGCCUGUGCCAAGACCAUCGCUCAAGAGAAUACACCCGGCGAAACCAUUGGAUCUCUUAAGCCCAACGCAGGCGAGGAAUCCGUAGCGAAUCUGGAUUGGGUACGAAAUGCAAGCGGAUCCAUUUCUACCGCUGAAUUGAGACUGAAUAUGCAAAAAACUAUGCAAACCCACGCCGCGGUCUUCCGGAUCGAGGAAACCUUGAAAGAAGGCUGUCACAAAAUGGCUGAUCUUUACAAGACUAUUGAUCAGCUGAAAGUCUCUGAUAGAUCGUUGGUGUGGAACUCUGAUCUGGUCGAGACUUUGGAAUUGCAAAACUUGAUGCUCAAUGCGAUGCAGACAAUCGUAGCCGCGGAGAAUCGAAAGGAGAGUCGUGGUGCCCACGCCAGAGAAGAUUACAAGGACAGAAUCGAUGAGUACGACUACAGCAAAUCACUCGAAAGUCAACAGAAGAAAUCUUUCGAGCAACAUUGGAGAAAGCACACCCUUACGAAAAUCAAUCCAAAGAGCGGAGAGGUAACUAUAGACUACAGACCGGUGAUAGAUGAGACUCUCGACGAGCAAGAAUGCGCAACAGUGCCACCUGCGAUUCGUUCCUACUAGAAUAGGCUAGAGUUCCUUAAAUUAGACCUCCAAUAAGACCCUAACCUGAUCCUCGAUAUACCCACGAUCCAUUCUCCGUCUCUCCCCCUCCCUCCCAAGCCGCCUUAACGCAAAUUACCUCUUGCUACAUUGCAUGUGGCUAGCGACUAGGUACAAGGUGCGGCGUAAACUCUACUAACUACCAAUAUUUUACGAAGCAGCAGUAAUUUUAUUUAUUAACAAAAUUCUCGUCGUGCACCAAAGUCAGUUCUUGUCAAUGCUUGCAUAGUUAGCCGCGAGCAAGAUUAGUCGUCCUUGUUAAGAGGCUGGUGCUGAUAUUAUCUUCGUUUUUUUCCGUAAAGACAUAAACCGAAAGCGAUCUCUGCAAAGCAAUACUACAAUACUAAUGUAUUAUUAUUACGUAGAUUAUUAGUGAAGUAACAAGGGCGGAACGAGUAAUAACCAAUCGUCCGGCUAUCGGCGGCCUUUUAAGGAGACAACGAGGACGAUGAUCGCCGACAUGCGCCUUUUUCUUCUUCGAGUUCUCCUGUGCAUCUUUCUCUAGACACAACUACCGCAAGUAUGAUCAAGUACUUUCGAGGGAGAUUUCGACUCCAGACCACGUUACUCCUUGAAAGGUUCCGCGUCAUGUUGUAGCGUGUCGUAUACGCCUAAUCGGAUCCGGCUGUAUACCUAACUUUGGCAUUGAGUUUAAGAUAAGAGAAUGUGAACGCGAUUUUCUUAAGCAACGUUACCAUUUGCGUUACCUUACGUGUUACCAUGCGCCGUUAAACUUUUUCUUUAGCGUAAUAAAAAGUAUUGACGACGCGAUCGAGUGACUGUAAUCGUGUGAGUACUUAGCA